AUGCAGAGCCUACGUGGCUCGCUGCAGACGAGUCUGGGCUCACUCGCCUCCUCAUCUCGACAUCUCACGCCUGCCAGCUUGUCUCGCCAGCCCGUGAUCGAGUUCAAACGACACGGCACCGUAUGGAUCAAGCGCACCGGUCCAGGAUCAGAAGCAUCAACAGGCGUCAAUGCUUAUGGUCGUGUGCCAGGCAAGAUGGGCAGCAGUAGGCAAGGCAAGAAGAGUAAGACUCGGGUGGCCGCGGGGGGAGAUGCGCUCUUCAAGCGACCUUUGCCGCUCAUCAACUCGCUUCGCCAUGUCAGAUUGCCCUUGCAUGAGCACCUCUGGAAAGGCGAGCCCUACCGACCGCUCACGAUACCCAAGAGAGGUACAGGCGGACGGAACAACACGGGCAGGAUCACAGUCAGAGGUCGAGGGGCAGGCCACAAGAGACGGAUCAGACUGUUGGAUUUCCACCGAUCCCAGCAGGGCGAGAUGAUCGUCAGAAGGAUAGAAUACGAUCCAGGUCGGACUGCUCAUAUUGCCCUUGUCGAAUACAUCGAGGAGGGCAAAGAAGGCAAAAAGGCUUACAUCCUUGCGCCCGAAGAACUCAAGGUCGGGGACAGCAUACGCAACUACCGACAGGGACUCGACGCUUCUGUCGAUGACAACCGAGCGCCUACUCUGCCUACAGAUCCCGCUGCUCCUCAGACUGUCGCACCGCCCUCACUCGCGCUGACGAUGGCGAGAGCAGCUGCGCUACGGCCUGGCAAUCUCCUGCCUUUGCACGCCAUCCCGCUCGGUCUUGCGAUCAACAGCAUCUCUUUACGCCAGAAUGGUCCAGGCAUACUGGCUCGAUCGGCGGGAGCGAGCGCGACCGUCAUUGCGGUUCAGCCAGAUGGCUUCACCCAAGUCAAAAUGGCGAGCGGCGAAGUCAGAUUAGUCCGAAGUGACUGCUGCGCUGUCGUCGGUGUCGUGAGCAACAAGAUCCAGAUCGGUAAAUCGCUCGGCAAAGCAGGUCGAGCGAGGUGGCUAGGCUGGCGACCCAAAGUCAGAGGGGUCGCCAUGAACUCUGUCGACCAUCCUCAUGGUGGUGGACGAGGCAAGUCAAAGUCCAACAAGCACCCACGCACGCCCUGGGGUAUCUUGACCAAAGGAUUCAGAACGAGACGACCUGGCCCGGGAGGCAAUACGAUGGUAGUCAAGCAGCGCCCUCGCAUCCGCGCGCAAGACUGA